GUAAGAACAGGCCAAAUAGCCAGCAAAGAGAGUAAGAACAGGCCAAAUAGCCAGCAAAAAGAGAGAGAAUAGGCCAAUAAGCCAAAAGGCCAAUAAGCCUAGCAAAUAGUUUCUAGUUGUUGAAGGCCAAUAAGCCUACUCCUCUAUAAAGCCUUGUACCCAUCUAUUGUUGAAUAAAUAAAAUCACUUUUUUGUUCUCUAAAACCCAACAAGUGGUAUCAGAGCAUCACAAACACUCAUCUCACCUACUAUAUUCCAACAACUUGGAACCCAAGCACCAGGUCGGACACUCGUGAUAGCACUCCCUCACUGCCUCCACCAGAUAAUCGCCCACCACUCCUUCCUACACCACCAUAUCAUCCCCUGUUUCAGUUUCAAGAGACAUGCCAGCCAUGCAACCGACAAGGCCAUACAUCUCGUAUUUGUCCGGAACGUGGCAACUUCGCUUACAUGGCAGAAUCCAACAUUACGACUGCUCCCACAUCAUCUGAACUCACCAACUGGUGUGUGGACUUAGGUGUCACCCAUCACAUGACCUCUAAUCCUUCUGAGCUCUCACAUGUACAACCAUACACAGAGCACCGAUUCUGGUGACUCUAGAAACCCAAACACCUUCCGCUACAACACAACACAAGAUGGGUGAAACAAAAUCCACAGAGAAAUCAAUUGAUGUUUCGGAUCCACUCACCUUGCAUCACUCAGAUCAUCCGGGAAUUGUUUUGGUAUCCAGGCUUCUUGAAGGAUACAACUAUGGCCAAUGGAGUCGAUCUAUGCGUCUCAAUCUUAGCGCAAAGAAUAAGAUUGGCUUUGUCGAUGGGUCUGUCAAAACCCCAGCAUCUACAGAUGCGAAACACUCUAUUUGGCAUCGAUGCAACGACAUGGUAUUGUCGUGGAUCUUGAAUUCAGUACAUCCGGACAUUGCCGGCAGCGUGAUCUAUGCCGAAACAGCGGCUGAAGUUUGGAAUGACCUCAAAGAGAGGUUUUCACAGGGCAAUGAUUCCAGAAUUUACCAAAUCCAACAAGAAAUUGUUGAAUAUCGACAAGGACAACAAUCUGUCUCAGCUUAUUACACCAAGAUGAAGGCACUUUGGGACGAGUUGUCUUCCUACCAUGACACUUUAUCAUGCACAUGUGGAGGAUUGAAGGAAGUUGCUGCACGACAAGAGAAAGAAAGAGUCAUGCAGUUUCUUAUGGGACUAAAUGAGACUUAUGCUGCCGUCAGGGGACAGAUUUUGAUGAUGCAACCCCUUCCUGAUACACGCAAGGUCCAUGCCUUGAUACUCCAGCAAGAACGACAGGUUGAAGUAGCUGCACGACGUGAUAGCAAUACCAGUCAUCAUGCGAUGAAGGUUGCUCAACCCAGCCGUUCACCUGCAGCCCAAGGGAAUCUGACUCCCUUAAAGUGUAGUUACUGUGACCAAGAACGACACAGCGUCGAUCGCUGUUAUUUUCUCCAUGGUUUUCCCGUGGGCCAUAAGCUACAUGGCAAAAAUGUGAAGCCACCCAACCGAAGGAAAUCAGCUGCACAUAAUACUCAAGCAAGCUCUAUGGAGUCAACUCAGGCAUUAACUACCACUCCUAAUGAGAAGCCCAUAUUCACCACCGAGGAGUACACUCAACUUAUGGCGCUACUUCGGAAAGAGAAUGGUAAUACACCUUCUUUUGCUAAUGCCACAGGACGUGGCUACGAAGAGGAUGAUUGGCCUGGGCAAGCAACAUAAAGGGCUCUACUACAUCACCCGCCAACAGAACCCACACCUAGUACACCAUGUCAACCGUCAUUCCAGCCUCUGGCACCAACGUCUUGGACACCCAUCUGCUGCUCCUCUCCAAGCUUUAUCCAAAAGCAUUCCUGAAGUUGUUUUUGAUUUUUCCAAUAACUGUGAUGUCUGUCCCUUAGCCAAACAAACUCGUUUACCUUUUUCUUCUAGUUUGAUUAAAUCCGUAGCACCUUUUGAUUUGAUUCACUGUGACAUUUGGGGGCCUCACAGAGUUACUUCACACUCUGGGGGCGUUAUUUUUUAACUAUUGUAGAUGAUUAUUCUCGUUUUACAUGGAUUCAUCUUAUAAGCUUUAAAUAU